AAUAGUCAAUGUUAUGUUAAUAUUUAUGUAUUUAUGUUAACAUGGCAAAAUAUAAUAAAAGAAUGUUAUGUAAAUAAUGUAAAAAAGGAAUUACAUCAGUACAUGUGUAUCAAGAGUAAUAGCAUAUUCAACCACUUUUAUGUCAGGCAGGACUUUUUUGACUAUGAUUUGAAUACCCAGAUUUUUAAAGCUUUUUACUCUUAAAAAAAAAAGGAUUUAGCUGGUGUAGUUGGUUGUAGUGGCUGACAUAAAACUCCUUUUUUUUAUUUAUUGCACUUUUGUGAUAAUCUUGCUACUGAGGAGUUCAAUGUGGUUCAGUGUGGUUUUUGGAGGGUUUCUGCAUGUAUGUUUAUUUUCAUAAAAUUAGUAUUUUAAACAGUAUACAGUAAGAUGAUACCUUAAAAAGAACAUCUCAAGCAGUGGACUGUUUCUGCUCUCACCACAAACGCAUUUCCUGAAGUGAAGUGGUGACACAGCAGCACAAGAGACGGUUUGUUUCAUUGGCAUCAGUACCAAAAGAAGAAACAAUUUUCUAUAAAACUCAAAAGGCCAUUGAAGAUUAGUCAAGAAGAUAAAUCCUGAGAGCGGCGAUGCCAAAUCUUACCAAUAUGACAUGUCCAAAAUCAGAAAAAGACCAGGUUUUUGUUGCCGUGUAUUCAGUGGUUUUCAUUUUUGGACUAAUUCUCAACCUGACUGCACUUGUGGUUUUCUUCCGUAACUCUAAAUCACGCUCGCACACCACAGUGUACAUGAUUCACCUGGCCUUUGCUGAUAUUAUUCUGGUUUGUACACUUCCUGUGCGGAUCUAUUACCAUGGGGGGUUGGGGGUUCCAAGUCCAACAAUCUGUGAAUUUGCUGGUGUCAUACUGCUAAGUAACAUGUACAGCAGCAUCUUACUCCUCACGUGCAUUAGCUUGGACCGUUGCGUAGCAGUCUGCUUCCCGAUGUCUUCUCGUGUCCGUGAGGGCCGCAAGAAAGCAUGGUGCGUGUGUCUGGGAAUCUGGAUCCUAACUAUCACAACAAGCUUACUGAUCUACUUUCAAGAGAAGCAAAACAAUCAAGAAAAUAAAAACAACAUCACAUGUUUUAGUGAUUUUCCUAGAAUUUCGACUCAAAAGCCUGCUCUCGUUUCCACUCUAAUUGUCGGGUUUGGGAUGCCACUAACUGUAAUGAUUGCCAGCUGGGUGACUCAAGGGAAAUACUAA